ACUGAGCAUCCUCUGACGGAGGCAAGCGUACGGCAGAAAUUCUAUAAAAUUUGGAGUACUUUGUGUCGAAGACAAUUGGACAGGAAGGAAGAACAGAAAAUCUGAACAGAUUUUUAAAAAAUGUGGAGCUGUACAGCGGAAGGCAUGCUGCCGAAGAGACGACAUAUAGACUUUCUUGGCAAGCAUGGUUAUUUUGUUUUAUGUUAAUGGAGAAACAUGAACAAAGGAUGAACGCGCUGAACGUGGAGUUUUUUAACACGGGGUGACAAAAUCCUAUUUCACUCCGGAGCCACAAACUAACACUCAUUUUUGGAAUAAUAAACACGGAUUGCCUUGCCCAGAUCGAACAAAAGGAAAUCGCUUGCUCGCUGAGGUUAGCAAGAAAGUAUAAUUAUAACGUUAGGGGUGUGUAUUGUGUCUUAAUCUGAGAAUAUGCUUCGAGCCGGCGAUGGGGGAUAAGUGAUGUUAUCCGCGGAACCCCACUUUUCAAGAAUGAAGUGAUUGCCUAUUUCGGUAAAACAUUUUUUGUCUGUCGUCUGAAAAAUAUACCCGAAGUGGACAACUUCGGACUUAGAUAGCCAAAGCCUUGGAGGAAUAAGUGAACGGAAACCUCCCAUUGAUUGACUACACUUGGAGCUUCACAGACUCGCGUUGCGAGUCUGUGAGCCGGAGAGAGCGGGACGCUGCCGACCCCCCCGAGCGCCGACGCCAUGAGCUGGAGCUUCCUCACCCGGCUCCUGGAGGAGAUCCACAACCACUCCACCUUCGUGGGGAAGCUGUGGCUGACGGUGCUCAUCGUCUUCCGCAUCGUGCUGACGGCGGUGGGCGGGGAGUCCAUCUACUACGAUGAGCAGAGCAAGUUCGUCUGCAACUCGGGCCAGCCGGGCUGCGAGAACGUGUGCUACGACGCCUUCGCCCCGCUCUCGCACGUCCGCUUCUGGGUCUUCCAGAUCAUCCUGGUGGCCAUGCCCUCGCUCAUCUACCUGGGCUACGCCAUCAACAAGAUCGCCCGGCUGGAGGAGGGGGGCGGAGCCUGCCAGCCGGGGGCGGGGCCCCCGGGAUUCACCCACAGGAGACCCCGCAAGAUAUUCUUCGGUGGGCGGGGCCAGGGGAGGGGCGUGUCCGAGGAGGCGGAGGAGGACCAGGAGGACGACCCCAUGAUCUACGAGGUGCCCGAGAUGGAGGGGCGGAUGGAGAUGGCCCCGCCCCGGCGGAGGACGAAGGCGCGUCACGACGGGCGGCGGCGUAUCCGUGCCGACGGGCUGAUGCGGGUGUACGUGGCGCAGCUGCUGACGCGCACGGCCCUGGAGGCGGGGUUCCUGGCCGGGCAGUACGCCCUGUACGGGCUGGCCGUGCCGUCCGUCUUCGUCUGCUCCGACCCGCCCUGCCCGCACCGCGUGGACUGCUUCGUCUCGCGGCCCACGGAGAAGACCAUCUUCCUGCGCAUCAUGUACAGCGUCACCCUGCUCUGCCUGGCGCUCGACCUGUGGGAGAUGCUGCACCUGGGGGCGGGCACCCUCUGUGACAUCAUACGCCGCCGUCGGAGCCCGCCCCCCGAGGACGAGUACCAGCUGGGCUCGCUGGGGCCCGGGGUGGGGGCGGGAGUGGGCGGGGCUGGUGGCCCCGCCGGCGAGGACGAGAGCGGGGGAGGGGUGCCGGGCGGGGACUACGGCAGCUACCCCUUCUCUUGGAACACCCCCCUGGCCCCGCCCGGCUACAACAUCGCGGUGAAGCCCGAGCAGCCGCCGUACGCAGACCUGAGCAACGGCAAGAUGGCCUGCCGGCAGAACCGGGCCAACAUCGCCCAGGAGGAGCAGCAGCAGUUCGGCAGCAACGAGGAGAACUUCCCCAUGGGGGAGACGCGCGUCUCCCUGCAGAAGGAGGUCCAGGAGGCGCAGGACCAGCUGGAGGCGGCGCUCCAGGCCUACAGCCGGCAGCACGAGGACGGGGAGAAGCCUCAGAGCAACGUGGCGCUCCCGCACCGCGAGCGGAAACACCGCGAGCGGAAGCAGCGCUCCGGAUCCAAACACAGCAGCGCCAAGAGCAGGGAGGACUCCAGCACCAGCAGCGUCAGCAGCAACAGCAAGUCCGCAGAGACCAAGCCCUCUGUGUGGAUCUGAGCUCUAACACUGAGGGGCGCAAGAGCUGCAGCUCUGUGAGAAUCACUCACACACACUCACACGCAUACACACACUCACACACACACACACACACACACACACACAUUGUCACACACCAGCAUGACACCCCUGGGAGGGAUAUGUGGCAGAGCCGGGAAGUACCGUUGGUUGUCGCAUUGAGAGAGAGAGAGAGAGCGCACCCACACAAACAUGAAAUCAAAUAAACAGACACCUACCACCCGUCCCCCUCACGGGUUCCGGGCAAAAACAAUAAACUAAAACAACAAGCUAAAAUAACAAAGACCACUUUCCCGUGCGCCGCCCGUAGCUGGCCCGCUUCCCAGCUGGCGCCAGCUCCUCCCGCAUCCCAGCUGAGGAUCACUUCCUUUGGUCUUUCCUUUUUGCCUGAACCAAGCUCCAGAAUAAAACAAAGCUAAAAUCGUAAACGUGCUCUCGGUGUGAGGUCCCGGUCUCGGCCCCAAACUGUGGAGAGCAGCACACCUUUAUGCACCUGGGCUGAUUAGCCAACGCAACCCAGGUGCGUGUGCUCUCUUCACCAAUCCGUUUCUUCGGUGGACAGAAUGUCACACACAUACUUACAGGCGCACGCACACACACAUAUAUACACACGUGCAC